CCACUUUGCCUUCCCUUCCGGACCAGACAUCGACCUCCCGCCUGGGGAUUGGAGAAGCUGCAUGUCAGUAAUUAUUCGAGCCUUUACCACACGCCCUCCCUCGCUCCACCGAUAACCGAGCCUGACAGACAGUGACGAACGAGCCAUCGCAAGCGCCGCUCCAUACCUGGACCCACCUGGCUGGAAGGCAGGGAUGGAGGAUGAGAUGCAGCCCGCCGAUGAAGGCCCCUCCGAUGCCAAGAUGAGACGCGGUGGCCCCGCCAGGAGCCUCCGCUGCAAGUCGCGCCUCGACCGCUCCGCUUCGAUCGAGCCAUCUCUGUUCACUGACGCUCGACAGUUCACGUUCCACCCCGGCCAGCAUUUGCCUUUCCCGACGCAGUAUCAACCAAACCAACACCAGAGAUUCCCCGGCGAGGGCAGGCCCAGCUGCGGGGUCCCGACAUCUACCUCCGUAGACGCAGCGGGCGGCGUCGCUCUCGGUACCCAGCAGCGGCGCGCCAUCCUCGGCAGAGCAGAGUCCGCACUCUCCGCUGGACGACUCAAGCAAGACUCUCCAGACUGCACGUUUGGGAUCACUUCAGAGAACCGACUCAUCUUGGACGCCUUCGCCAAGGAGUGCAGUCGAGUCCUCAGCCUCCUCAAUAACGGGCGGCUGCUAGAACCCUCGCCGUCCCUCAAGUCCAGCAUCAAGAGGGAGGAGAGUUGCACCACCGGUCAUUGCGCCAAGCCCGAGGAGAACUCCUCCUCAUCGUCCACAGAGCCAGAAGAGGAAGCUCAGCAAAGUCACUUGAUCCAACAACAGACCUCCGCAGUUCUGCGCAUUUUCACGGACUCACUGCACAGCUAUCUGCUCUCCGGGCAGCAGCAAGAACCUCGUGUGGUUGCGGGCCUGGACGAGGAGCGGUGCCACUCUGCGGAGCCCGUUUCCGAAGUCUCGCCCCCGAGACGCACACUGGUGGCCUGGGGCUCGCCGACGCCGUCCGACUCGUACGGCCACCCUUCGUCCACGCUGCCGGAAGAGGAGGAUGAGGAGGAAAACUGUUGCCCGCGUUGCCUGGAGCUGGAGCAGGAAGUGCUGUCACUGCAGCAGGAGAACGAGGAGCUCCGCAACAAGCUGGAAAGUGUCCCAGUUCCUUGUCACAAUGUUCUCGACUACUUCAAGAAUGUCGUUGAGUUCCACAACCAAAUGGUGCUGCCGAUUCCAGAGGAGACGCUCACCGAGGAAGAAGAACAGCAGUCAGUCUUUGAGGAUAGAUUCUCCUCAAUCCAGGGAAGCAAGCAAUUGCUGGAGAGCUACCCUCUCUUCAUCACCAAUAAGCAGUGGGACGAGGCAGUCAAUUCGUCCAAGAAAGACGGCCGGCGGCUGCUGCGCUACCUGAUCCGCUUCGUCUUCACCACUGACGAGCUCAAGUUUUCGUGCGGCCUGGGCAAACGGAAGCGCUCAGUCCACUUGAGGGAACCGGGCCAAGAGAGACGACCGCUCAAUCCCGUCAAAGUCAGCUGCCUAAGAGAGUUCAUCCGAAUGCACUGUGGCUCCAACCCAGAUUGGUGGAUGCCCUCCGAGGAACAGAUCAAUAAAGUUUUCAGCGACGCCGUAGGCCACGCUCGACAGGGCCGCGCCGUGGGCACCUUCCUGGGGGGCGGAGGAGGUGCCGGCGGUGUCCUCUACCUGGACGGCUUUGACGGACACUUGUCUCAGGACGAGCUCUAUUUGAAAGGCUGUCACAAUGGCCAGUUGGACUGAAGGAGCCUCACCGAGUGUCGCUGUACAGCAACAUAAUCCAAAUCACUGACCUUUUCCUGCCACUUUGUAACGGGGACGGGGAACCCUUUUCCUAUCAGGGACCAAGUCCUUAAAGGGCCAAACUAAAUUCAUGAAAAAUGUGACGAUCAAAAGUAAUCUUUCCUAAUACAAAAUAAGAGCAGAUGUUGGUUUUGUUUUUAUAACAGUUUCUCUGACAUCGUAUUUGUGCAUACAAAGAGGGACAGAUCAAGUUUUCCAAGGCUGUGUAUCGCUCAUGAAUUGACGGUUGCCUUACGCAGUGACAAUAUUCCACAUGAGAUUCUGACAAGAUGCUUCUUCUUCUUCUUCUUCUGACAAGUAUUACGUAGCUGCUAUUCAACUCCAUUAUGUAUUCAAACACUAGCUGAAUGCAGGUUAGACUUAAAGGGGUUUUGCAUCUAAUUUCAGUCUUCCUUUUCAUUGUUUUUUGUUCAGCAUUUUAGAAAGUGGGACAUUAACAAAACUGAUCAUGACCCAAACUCAUAUUUUUGGUGGGGUUAUUGGCCAAAUGAAGUAUUUUCCUUCAUGACUUUGAUGAAGCACCUUUAUUUGUAACCCUCUGUGUGCCCCAUGAAGAGGUCAUUUCAAAGCCUGCAGUUUUGUAUUUUGCUUCAUUCAAGCAAUAUUCACAUGUCCUGUUUUUAUAGGAAGAAGCUGAUGUUGUUCAUCCUCAUCAGCUCCUGUUUCACCACCAUAACAGUAUUUAUAGUGUGAGAUGGAGCCUCCUAGACCACAUGCGUCGUGUCAGACUGUAGUAAAACGAAACAUGUAGUGCUCUCGCCCAGGGAACAUUAAUGGUCACGCCAGGACAGAAAAAGGUUUGGAUUAGAACCCCGGACACAACUUUAGAUGAGAGACAGUAUAUACAGUAUUAUUUAUUGAAACCACGAUACAGGUGGCCUCUGAGUUUUGACAUGUAUUGUGUACUUAGGUCCCUGUUUUUCAUUUGCACAGUGAUUGAUAUAUUUGUUUUGUCAGUUGAAAAAUCUGUACAGGCAUCCUAGGCAAUCACGACCUGUCACAGUUUCAAUCCACGUUGUCUCACCGUCAUCCUGUUUUAUCAUCGAAACCUGAAACGGCGCUGCCAUGGCUGCCGGGAAGAGUAAAUGUGACUUUGGAGCUCUGUUUUGUGACAUGUUGCACAGCACACAUCAGUCUUAAAAUUGAAUACUGAGUCAGUCAAUCAUCCCUGUCAAAGCACUGCAUUGUGGGUGGAAAUGUAAAGCGUAAAUGAAAGUUUGUUCUCAGUUUUUAGUUAUUCUUAUGCUUGUCGGGUGCAGCCAUAAAAGAAUGCCUUAAAUUUAACAUCUACAAUGUUACAGCUUGAUGUCCCAAUGACAAUGUUUGACCGCCCCAACAAAAGCGCAAGCCAUCUCUUCACCUGCAGUUUUCCCUCGGUCUUUUAUUCACGCUAACUGUAUGGCAUUGUGUAUUUCAUUGGGAAGUUGAAAUCUAGUGUGUUUGUAUGUACCUGGAUAAUUGCUGUUUAAAGCUGUACUGUGAUACGAAGUACUCUUACGUACAAGUGUUUUUAAGCCGCAUAGAAAAAUGCCACAGGAACCUUAAAAACAUUGCAUUACGUCCUUGUGUUCUGAAUGUCAACAUUUAACUGUAUCGCUUUGAUUCUUUUGGUGGCGUUUUCAAAACACUGUGAAA